AUGGUUCAACAGCAGCUGGAGGAGAGGGAGAGGAAGCCUUUGCAACAGGGGAAGGGGCGCUGGACCCCUCGCCGCGCCCCUCGGGUUCUGCUAUCCGACAAAGCUGUCCCGCACCCAGGGGUCCGUAGACUCUUCCGCACACUGUGGGCUCCUCGGCAGCCCCAGGCACCGCCUCCCCUCCCCCACUCACCUUCCGGGACGCGGGCAGCGGUCCCGCCGGGGUCCCUGGAAGGCGGGAGACGCAGAGAAGCCAAGCCGAGCCGAGCCGAGCCGAGCCUGGGCUGUGCCCGCCCUCUAGGAAGCUGCGCCCGCGACCCCCACCGGCCAGGCCGCACCCUGUUGCUGCGGCAGACGCGACCCCGCCCCGCCGCCGCCCAACACCUCGGCCCGCUAGCUCGGCCCGCCCUUUUCCCGGCAGGCCCCGCUCGCGUCUGCGGUUCUGCAGCUCCCAGAGCGCCCGGAGCAGCUGCCAGGCGCGCCACCUCCCGCCCGGGCCCGCCCACCAGCCCUCCCGACGCCCGGGCCCGCCCACCAGCCCUCCCGACGCCCGGGCCCGCCCACCAGCCCUCCCGACGCCCGGCCCCGCCCACCAGCCCUCCCGACGCCCGGCCCCGCCCACCAGCCCUCCCGACGCCCGGCCCCGCCCACCUGCCCUCCCGACGCCCGGCCCCGCCCACCUGCCCUCCCGACGCCCGGCCCCGCCCAGCCACCUUGACCCCGCCCCCAGGAGCGGGCGGGGCGCCGUGA